CAAUCCUCAUACACAGAUACAGCUCUUAUUGAGCUUUUCUUCUGCUCUCUUUUAUUUCCAUUUUCCAUCAUCAGUGUGUCUUUAGUCCAAGGCUAUACUACCUCAUAAAUGCAAGAACAUUUUUCCUUCUUUGGCCGGAUUUCUUAGACAUUACGUCCCAUAAGUUUCUAUCAAACCGAGUGUAUAUCACAACCCCAUAGCUAUUCCACCUUUGACGGUGCAUUUUUCUGAAACUCUACCCGAGUUCUUUAAAGGAUAUAAGAGUUUCAGAAAUUGCUAGCAGCAUAAAAGUUGUAAAGAGUGAAGGAAGUUGAGUAAUCAUGCCUCAGCAACAAUUGCAGGUGCUUAAUGCACUUGAUUCUGCCAAAACACAAUGGUACCAUUUUACUGCUAUUGUGAUUGCUGGCAUGGGCUUCUUCACUGAUGCCUAUGAUCUCUUCUGCAUCUCUUUAGUCACCAAAUUGCUCGGCCGGAUUUAUUAUCAUGUCCCUAAUGCACCCAAACCUGGCACUCUGCCUCCAAAUGUUGCAGCUGCUGUCAAUGGUGUUGCCUUUUGUGGCACCCUUGCUGGCCAAUUGUUCUUCGGUUGGCUUGGUGACAAGAUGGGGAGAAAAAGAGUCUAUGGCAUGACCCUCAUGCUCAUGGUUAUUGCCUCAAUUGCAUCCGGCCUUUCCUUUGGGGAUAAACCAAAGGCUGUUAUGGCCACUCUUUGCUUCUUCCGCUUCUGGCUAGGAUUCGGUAUUGGUGGUGAUUACCCCCUUUCUGCCACAAUCAUGUCUGAGUAUGCUAACAAGAAGACCAGAGGAGCCUUUAUUGCUGCAGUGUUUGCCAUGCAAGGUUUUGGAAUUCUAGCUGGUGGGAUGGUGGCAAUUAUUGUUUCUGCCGCCUUCAAGGCUGGAUUUCCUUCUCCUGCAUAUAAAGAUGAUGCUCUUGGUUCAACUGUGUCUGAAGCUGAUUAUGUUUGGCGCAUAAUUGUUAUGUUUGGUGCAAUUCCAGCUGCUCUUACGUACUAUUGGCGAAUGAAAAUGCCUGAAACUGCCCGUUACACGGCCUUAGUUGCAAAAAAUGCCAAACAGGCUGCUAGUGAUAUGUCCAAGGUAUUGCAAGUUGAACUCGAGGCAGAACCGGAGAAGGUUGAGAAGCAUGCCCAGGAGCCUGGAAAUGAUUUUGGUUUGUGGAGUAAGAAGUUCCUCAAGCGCCAUGGACUUCAUUUGCUGGGAACAGCUACCACAUGGUUCUUGUUGGAUAUUGCAUUUUACAGUCAGAAUCUUUUUCAGAAGGACAUCUUCAGUGCCAUUGGUUGGAUCCCACCGGCCCAAACAAUGAGUGCUAUUGAAGAAGUUUACAAAAUUGCAAGGGCUCAAACUCUUAUUGCUCUCUGCAGUACUGUCCCGGGAUACUGGUUCACAGUAGCACUGAUCGACAAAAUAGGACGAUUUGCCAUUCAAUUGAUGGGAUUUUUCUUUAUGACUGUGUUUAUGUUUGCCCUGGCUAUUCCUUAUAAUCACUGGACUCACAGGGACAACAGGAUUGGCUUUGUGAUCAUGUACUCACUGACCUUCUUCUUUGCAAAUUUCGGUCCUAAUGCGACAACAUUUGUUGUUCCAGCAGAAAUUUUCCCAGCAAGGUUAAGGUCCACGUGCCACGGUAUAUCAGCAGCUGCUGGGAAGGCAGGAGCUAUUGUCGGAGCAUUCGGAUUUCUGUAUGCUGCUCAAUCCACUGAUCCAAAAAAGACUGAUGCUGGCUAUCCACCUGGUAUUGGUGUGAAGAACUCCCUUAUUGUUUUGGGCUGUGUUAACGCCCUUGGAAUGAUGUUCACAUUCUUGGUGCCUGAGGCUAAAGGAAAAUCUUUGGAAGAGAUCUCUAAAGAGAAUGAAGAAGAAAAUGAAACUGCAACUGAUACGAGGCUGCAAGGAGCAAGUGAUAAUAGAACAGUUCCAUUUUGAAAUAAAUUAUUUUUAAGCAUGGUUUCGUGUUUGUGUCUUCAGAGCUUAAGAUUCAGAUUUCUAAGCUCUCUGGCCUUAGGGUUCAUCUUAAGAUGAAAUAUGGAUAAGGUUCUUUUUCCUUUUCUUUUUUCCUAAUCUCCUAUGGCUGUGUUACUCUCUUGUAUAAUAAGAAUAGUUCAAUGCCUAAAUUCGAGUUGCCAUAGUAAGUGUGAGUUGUGAACAAAAAUAGAUGCUCUUAUAAAAGAAGAAUCUUUUGUGUUGAAUUAA